CUGGGGGGCGCAGCCUUAUAUUGUCUGUCAUGUUUGGGGUGGUUGCUGUAAUCGCCACGCUGGGUUUGCGGGUUGACGAUCGCAGUAGAUGGUGGUGCUAUCUCGGAAGGAUGCUGCUACCCAUCUUCCAUUCUAUGUAUCCCUUAGUCGCCUCUUACGACACCCACUGGAAGAGAUGGGGUGGUGUUAUUCUGAUAAGCCAUGUGCUUCGAAGCAGAUUCCUGGAGAAUCAGUGGUAUGUGUUUGUAAUGCGACUUACUGCGAUGAGCUACAGAGGUCCAUACCCAGUAAAGACACCUUCUAUGUUUAUACUUCUUCUGAGGGCGGAUUAAGAUUUCGGAAACAGGCUGGGAUUUUUGCAACAAGGAGUGAUGAUUUAAGAAAGUUCCACCUUGUUUUGGAUCCAAAAAAGACUUAUCAAAAAAUACAAGGGUUUGGUGGUUCUGUAACUGAUGCGGCUGGAAUCAACUGGAAAAGUUUAACGCCAACAUUACGUAAAAGUUUAAUAGACUCGUAUUACGGUAUCCGUGGUCUUGAGUACAACAUGGCGCGGGUACCAAUCGGUGGCUCUGACUUCUCUACUCACCCAUACGCUUACAACGAGUUGCCAGUUAAUGAUGUGCAUCUAACAAACUUCACCCUAGCCCCUGAGGACUUCCAGUUCAAACUACCAAUGAUUCACCAUAUUAUGAAUACAUCUAAAGUUCCAGUGGAUAUCGUAGCGACUACUUGGUCGCCACCACCCUGGAUGAAGAACAACAAUGAAUUUACAGGCUUCAGUCGGCUGAGGACUGAAUACUAUCAAACAUAUAGUGAUUACCAUGUUAAAUUUUUGCAAAAAUAUAAAUCCGAAGGUGUAUCAAUAUGGGGUAUUACAACAACGAACGAACCGAUUGAUGGUGUAUUCAAUUUGGUUCCAUUUAAUUCUCUUGGAUGGACUUCUGCUGAAAUGGGUGAAUGGAUAGUCAAUAAUUUGGGUCCAACAAUAAGAAAUUCUGAAUUUAAAGAUUUGAAAAUUUUGACAUGUGACGAUCAACGCUACACGAUACCAACCUGGUUUGCCGGUUUAACAAAUGAAUAUCCAGAGGUAUUGCAGUAUAUUGAUGGUAUUGGAGUACACUUCUACGGCGACAAAGUGAGCCCUGCACACUAUUUGGAUAUGGUAACGAAUAAAUACCCCGAUAAAUUUAUUUUGGCUACCGAAGCCUGUGAAGGUGCAUAUCCUUGGGAAACCUCAGUUAUAUUGGGAUCAUGGAACAGAGCAAAAUCUUAUAUUACAGAUAUUAUCGAGGACUUAAACCACAACAUUGUCGGAUGGAUAGAUUGGAACUUGUGCCUGGACUCAGAAGGAGGUCCAAAUUGGGCCAAAAAUUUCGUCGACUCGCCUAUAAUAGUUUUUGCUGACAAACAAGAGUUUUAUAAACAACCAAUGUAUUACGCCUUGGGUCAUAUUUCUAAGUUCAUUCCGAGGCAGUCUUAUAGGAUUGCUGUCGAGACUUCCGAAGGAUCGGAUAACAGCGUUGCAUUUGUGACACCAAGGAAUACUACGGUCAUUGUUUUGUACAACGAUGAUGAUGAGAAAACUAUUCACAUAAAAUGUGGCGAGAAAGCUUUACAAUUGAAACUUGAGAAGAGAUCAAUAGUAACGGUGGAAUUAUGUAACGCCGAUACAUAGAAGUGCGAAUCAAGACAUAUUUAUAUAUAUUAUCAUACUUUAAAUUUAUUGCGUGUGUUAUGUAUUAAUUAAAACUCAUAAUCAUUUAAA